AUGCCUCCGAUUCGGACCACCCGUAACCAGAAGCCACCCCCUGCCGGCUUCGAGGACAUCGAGGAUACGCUUCUGGAAUUCAGCAACAAAUUGAAGGACGCCGAAAACGCAUCACACGAGGGAAAGAAGAGAUAUGAAGUCCAUUGGCCCAUUUUCCAAAUUAGCCAUCAACGGUCAAGGUACAUCUACGAUCUGUACUACGAGAAAGAGGCGAUAUCAAAGCAGCUCUAUGACUGGCUAUUAAAAAACAAAUACGCGGACGCGAAUUUGAUAGCGAAGUGGAAGAAACAGGGUUAUGAAAAACUCUGCUGCCUCCGAUGUAUCCAAACAAAAGAGACUAACUUUAACUCUACUUGCAUCUGUCGAGUCCCCAAAGCACAAAUGAAGAAAGACCAAGCCAUCCAAUGCGUCAGCUGUGGAUGUAGAGGCUGCUCUAGU